AUGGAGAAGCAUCCGUGUUAUAGCUUCUAUUGCAAGCUCACCAACAACUCAGACUCAUCGACGAACCGCACGCAAAGUGCUUUGGAUUGCCCAGAGCAAGAGGAUCACGGUGUUGGAAAGCUCGACACGGAAAAUUCCAAGACCUUGGAUGGUCUGUCUCCAGAUUCAUCAUCUCAACAGGUUCCGCGCCUGAUCGAUGCCGGCAAAGAUGUAGCCUGCUCACAAGAUAGUGGGCUCGUGGCACCAAACCAAACCCCAGAUAAGCCAGCAGAUGAGGCAUCACUAGUGGAGGGAAUAAGAACAGGACUACCAAGGGUAGACUGCUCAGCCGUUGUGAGACGACAGGGCUCCAAAGAGCUGGCUGCAAGCUCUGUAGCAGCUGCUGUUGCUGCUGCUACCGUAGACUCCGACGCCGGCACAAUUAACACUACUUUCAAUAUCAGCAUCAAUGCUACUAAUAGCCCUGUCAACUUCGGCACAACCCACGGAAUCGUUUGUAACUACGGUACAGCAUCAAUCACAGAUGGAAGAGGGGAAGACGUCUCCCCUGAAGCAAUCCAGAUGCUAACUGAGUUGGAGAAAUGUCUUGGGAAGAAAAAUGUGGCAGAGGUGCUGUCAAAGGGUCUGGAGAUGGUGAAAAAGCAAGGAGGCCUUGAUGACCCUUCUCAUAUGCCGAGACUCUCUGAAGCAAGCCAAAGUUCAUCAUCUGAAGCCAUGGCCUCCUCUGCUACCGGUACCGAUGCAACCUCAUUGUGUAUGGACGUUGCCGCUGCAUCGAGUGGAAUCGAUAACAUACAGAUCUUGGACACUUUCCCUGAAAAGUCCGAGCAAAACUAAUACAGGGCGGAUACAGGGGUAGGGCGAUAUUGAUCUGAUAUUACGUCCCCUUACAAUGCACGGAAAGCGGACAGUGUCAAAGACUUUUCAUAUCUAGAUCGGGUCGAUAACCACUGGUUGACUCGUUCUGGUUCCCUGCUGUGCAUUGCGAUUUGAACGGCUACUGAUAACCAG